AUGGAGAAUGCACGUUGUUGUCUCUGUCAUCAAGAAACUGAAACGGUUCUGCAUGUUCUUUGGAGUUGUGGAGCGGCGCAAGAUGUUUGGGCUGGGAGCUUGGGUAGACUUCAGAAAUCUGGUACAGCACAAAACGAUUUUUUGCAGUUGGUCACAGGUCUUCUGAUGAAGCUUUCCGAUGAGGAAUGGAAUCUGUUCUGGAUUACUUGUUGGCUGAUAUGGCACCAGAGGAAUACGGUUAUUCAUGGAGGGGUUUUCCAGCAUCCCUCAAGAUCAGCCCAACGUGCAGUUGAUUAUUUGAAGGAGUAUUCGAUUGCACAAGACUCUUUGCAUGUGCCUAUCCCGAAUCAUGGUCCAGUACAGCAGACAUGGCAGCCUCCACCAGAAACGUUUUUCAAGCUGAACUUCGACGAUGCUUGCUUUGAUGAGGGUGUUGCAUCAGGUUAUGGGGCAGUGAUUAGGAAUGAGAAGGGUGACGUCAUGGCUGCUUUAGCGGUUCGAGGAGGAGCUGUGCGUGACAGUGAGGAGGUGGAAGUAAUGGCGUGCCGUAAAGCGCUUGAGUUUGCCAUUGAUGCGGGUUUCACAGAGAUUGUACUGGAAGGCGAUAAUGCUUUGGUGAUGAAGAUGAUUACUCAGGCCCAACCAGACCUUUCACGACUUGGCUUAAUCUACGAAGACAUCUGGUGUUUGGCUGCAGGUUUCAGGUCCAUCUCUUAUAAUUGUAUUAGGCGUAGUGCUAAUGGUGUUGCUCAUUCUUUGGCUAGGUUUGCUAGAUUACUUGACAAUGAAAUUGUUUGGCUGGAGGAGGAUCCUCCACCUGCUGUGGAUGCUUUGUAUUUGGAUUCUUCUUUUCUUAAUUAA